AGGGCUCUGCUCCGUCACAAGUUAUUUUAGGAGGAUAGUUUCACUGGAGUGUCAGCGGUGGACUGUGGUGAUGGCGAGAUGGACGGUAUAUAAGUGUUCAGUGCAGCGUUGGGAACCCGGGCACACAGACUUGGAUUCAAGAUGCCAAACUGGGGAGGAGGCGCCAAGUGCGCAGCCUGUGAGAAGACGGUGUAUCACGCGGAGGAGAUCCAGUGCAACGGGAGGAGCUUCCACAAGACCUGUUUCAUCUGCAUGAGCUGCAGAAAAGGGCUGGACAGCACCACAGUUGCAGCACACGAGUCUGAGAUUUACUGCAAGUCCUGCUAUGGCAAGAAAUACGGGCCCAAAGGCUACGGAUACGGGCAGGGAGCCGGGGCUCUGAGCUCUGAUCCUCCUGGACAGAACGUAGACCUGCAGCCUCACGACUCUAAACCGAAACCCUCUUCAGCGAACUCGAAUCCAAGCAAAGCUUCCCAGAAGUUUGGAGGCUCAGAUCGCUGCCCUCGCUGCUCCAAAGCCGUCUACGCCGCAGAGAAGGUGAUGGGAGCAGGAAAGCCCUGGCAUAAAACCUGUUUCCGCUGUGCAAUGUGUGGUAAAAGCCUGGAGUCGACUACAGUGACAGACAAGGAUGGAGAGCUGUACUGUAAAGUGUGCUACGCCAAAAACUUCGGCCCCAAAGGAUUUGGACUGGGGAACGCCGCCAUGUUGGAGGAACGACAGUGAAACACUCAAACUCACAUCCACUGUUAAACUGCAGCUGCUUCCACCCAGACUCAGCCUGCACCCUCACUCUGAACGAGGCUCAGCGACGAGCAGAUGAUUCUGUGGAACUGUGAACUAUCAUCUUACUUUUACAGCAGAACAACCUGGUAAAUGUUGCAUGAAUAAAAAUAUUUUGAUAUUUUAAAAUGUACCAUGUUUGUUUAUGAAGAAUGAUAUUAUAUCUAGGAAUAAAGGAAAAAAUAUUUUACAUUAUAUAUUUUAAAUUAACUGACAUAACUUCGUAGAAAUCAGAUUUCACUUUGACAUAAAUUUUUUGUAAAUUCCUGUCAAAAAAACAAAUGAUAUUGACUAAGAUUCAAUUUAUAAAAGCAAUAAAAGGGGGUGAAAACUU